GUUUGUUUAUAAGAGACGGCUGGUUGAUGCUAGUGGCUAAGUGACUUGCUGAAGAGGCUCCCAUCCUUGUGUACGUUACAUGCUGAAAUUGUGAGCUUGUGUUAUUAGUUUGGUACAAUUAGAUGUAAUUACAACGCUGCUGUGCGUUUGUCAGCCCUCCUUUUGAGGUGUAAACCCCACCUGGCUUGUUGUAAAGAGGGCAAUGCGAGCAGUGUGUGUCUUGCGUGUGUGUGUGUGUGUAUGACUUAAUUUAGCAGCUAAGGUGGCUAGCUAGCUCACACCCACCACCUUUAAUGCCCCGCAAAAGGACAGAUCUCAGAUUGUAACGCUGUUUUAUUGCGGGGCCGGGCAGAAAAGCUGCACACGAGAGCGGCGGAAACUCGUCGUCGUUGUUGGGAAGCUGCUGGCCGCGGCAGCAGUCGCGGGAGAAGUGCUAGCGAGUUAGCCGACCGACCAAGAACGAACCCGCUCGAGACUCCACUAAUCUCUUUACACGCUGGGAUGUGCAACAAAAAACUGCUCGAGAGUGUUUCCAUUUCUGUGAAGUCGUGGUCACGUCCCACGAUGCGUUGCUCCCGCCACUUAUCUACUAACCCUGAUGGCGAUGUGCACAUGUUUACAACCGUUUACACGUGUUUUGAUGUGCGUUUUAGAGAAUGAGAGGAGUGAAAUGUUUAAAAUGGCACGUUGUGCUCUGACAGAGCCUGCAACAACAGGGCUUUUGUUUACACCUAUCAACUCCGGCUAACCAUUCACUAGGUACACUCUUACCCCAUACCUAGCCCACAAACACACGUUUUAAAGCCUAUUGACUGGCACUGAUUCGAAGCAGUAAGACCCUUAGUAAACACGAUGUGAUUUUAGGCUUGUUUUUGGACUUGCGCUAAUCGCUGCGGAGAAUAUGACUGACUUAGUGCUGCUUAGCGUGAUAUUGUGUAGAUUUAGCGUAGAGGACAUACAAUCAGCGCGUACUUAGUGUCUGUCUCAUGUGUUUUGUGUGGUUGUGUGCUGAUAAUGAGUGCUGCAGGCGUGGGGGAGGGGUUCGGGCUCGGUUCAUGUAGUCAGAUCUGCUUUAGCUUCUCCUCAAACUGGACCGGAACCGCGCUGCCUCACCAGCGAACUGCGCAGUUACGCCGUUUGUAGUCAAUAGACCGCAUUUCGACGCGUUUGUAGGCUUAGAGCGAUUUGUGUUCGGUAUUUAUUACUGGAAAUUUGAUUUAUGCCUCCAUGUAAGGUAAUUAAACGCUCUAGCGUAUCACAUCGAUGCGCAUUAGCCUAGCAAGCUAAGCGGUUAGCUUCACCGACUAGCGGUUUGUGAGGAUGUUGUUGAAUUAACUUAGGCGACCCGACGCGGUUAGUUGAGCUCUGUAGACGCGCUAACCGAUCAUUUAUCGAUUUAAACGCAAAAAGAAGUAAUUAAAACGCACUUUCCCCUCAGAUAAUCGUGUGUUGUGAGGUAAGCUAGUCGUCGUCGGUCAGAAUCGCUAGCUAACGUUACGCAGAAACGACGCAAACACUUCGCUCCAGCACACAAACAGCGCAUUUGACAAAUAGAUACUUAAGCGUGUGUGAAACGGCGGGUUUCUUGUUAUCUUGGCCGUUUUCUGUCAAAUUUCAGCGAGUCUUCGAGCGCAGUAUUUCCUCUCAGAUGCUUAGUGAAAAUGGCGGAUGAGUUGAUGUUGUGGUAAUGAAAGCCUCCACACCCCUAGAUCAGCUCUCACACACACACACACUGCAGCGCCAACACACUCACCCACGGGCAAGUGCACAACACACACCAGAAAAACACGUCCACUGAACGCUUUAGCACAUAUGAGUGCGUUAGAUGUGCGCCCGUGUUGAUGAACCUUCAUAGAUGUAUACACGACACAAAUCAUCUCAUUCUGAAGCAAAGUGUCAUAAACGACCAGUUGUUGUUGUCUUUACAGUGUUCAACAAUAUAGUUAUUCCAUUCAAAUAGUAGUUUUCAUAUGGGAUUAGAAGAUAAUGGUUGUCUUUGCAAGGGAAAGUGUAUUUAAGGGUGUUUUAAAGGAACCAAAUCCAGCUCACUUAAAGGGGACCAGCCAAAAGUGAUCUCAGUCCUUUUAGUGUUCACAAUAUAGUGGACUCAAGAGAACCUGGUUCUUUUCAGCGCUUCAGUGGUCUCAGACCCUUUAUUGUUCACGCCACAACUUCACAAGAACCCAGACUCGAGUCUGACCUGCUGGACAUUUUGGAAGAUGAAGUGGGUAAUAAUGAUAAUAAAUCUAGCCUAUAUAAAAAAAAAAAAUAUACAAGUACUACACUGCUUAGUUCAACCGCAAGCAUUACUGUUAUGCUGGUCCAUUCAAAGCAUACCGGGACUUCAUUGCUUUCACAGAUCACGAGGAAAUUGAACUACAAACGGACCCACAAAUGAACCGACGUUCAAAUAAACUGAGGCAGUUAUGUCUUUAUUAUAUAUAUAUACACACACACAGACACAAGAGUGAAGACUGUGCAGUGAUUUUUUUUGUAACGUUUGAUUUGAUUUCCGUAGUAUUUCUUACAUGAUGCUGUUAAAUAGAUCUGAAAAAAACUUACUGCAACGUAUAUUUUUUCAGUUGUCUCUCUUAUAUUGUUUCUCCUAUUGUUAUCUGCAUCUUUGUUCUAAUUUGUGAUAAAGAUGAAAUAACAAAAUGAACUUGAUUAUGAAGUAAAAUGACUCAUAUUGCGAAAUAAGGUUUUCAUCAAACCACCCACCCCUAGGAAAUUCUUUUGUGACUUAGUUUACCUUACUGGAAAUUCAUGACUGUGAAAGGCAGGGUUGUGUUGUACCAGAAACCUAGAUGUGUGCAUUGCCUCACCUAACGCAUUAACAGGAAGCUAGAUGUUUCUCGAGCUCGUGCACAACCAUCUACUUCUUAAAACUACUCGGCAAUAACAGCUUUGGUUUAACAGCCACACUGAGCAGUACGACUUUAUUUGAGGAUGCCGUUGAGUUUACUGCAGUAUAAAAAGAGCGCAACCCACACGGCUGUGUCAUAUUUCUCUCAUGAUUACUGCUCCCUCCCUCCGGUCAGCGGGGAGUUUACAGGUCCAGAAGAAUGUGGUUAUUCAUCAGAGUGGUUUGAUGGGGUAAACAUGGGCCCUAAUGCGUAAUGAAUAGACAAUGAUGCUGCAAAAAUGUAAUCUUGAUCUUGGAUAGGAAGCAGGCGAGCGACUGCUCAUGCGUAAACUGAUAGCACAUCAUCGGGGGCUUCGGUUAUCCAGCGGGUCAAGCCAUCACGCUGCAUAUGAAUGCUGAUGUUUGAGUUUCAUCACUCUUAAUGUGUCCGGUUUCUCUCCCUCGGCCUGAUGCAUAUGUUGUUGUAGCUUUUGAGGGCAUGUGGAAUAGCUUAAUUAAAGGGUCAAGCUGUGAGAUAACAGCUGUGACUCAAUUGUUUCUUCUUUGACAUUGACAAAGACCCCCCACCAGCUCUCCUUUCACCUCACAUCCACUGGCCGUAGCAUAUGCAUGUCUGUGGAAAGUUUGCUGAAGUUCACCUAACUGCGUGUUGGCCUCAUCCUGUGUAACAUAUGCUAAAUUCGUGUGUUUUUAUCAAUAGAAAUCAUUUACUUGCCACCUUUGUUAACCGCAGCGCCGUUGCUAUAUCUUUGGUUGUGUUUAGAAGGGCUUUCCGUAAUAAAAACCAAGGCAUUGCUCCAACAGCUUUCUGAAAAUGCCAAUUUGUGCAUAUUUCUUGUUGAAGCCAGUAUGUGCUACAUUUUUUUCCCUCUUAGCCAAACUGUGAGACCGGCCUCUGUGGUGCAAACUUUGGCAGCCACGGGUGAGAUGAAGGUCUGAGAUACUUACCAAACACAUGCUUUGGACCUUUUUCCUUCAGGAGGACAGCACCGUGGCUGAGAAUCAAGAUGCACAUUAAGAAUGGAUUUGCCAUCUAUUGUAUAAAAGCUGAUGUGUAUUUUUUUUCUUUUCUAAAGCACCUUUUUUUGCAUGGAAAAGCUCGCGCCUGUGCUUGCCUGCAGAUAACGAGAGGAGCAGACCGUGUACAGUGCAGGCUGUGGUUUUCUGACAGGCGUUUCCUGUAGGUGGAGGUCCAAUCGUUGGCAUGUAGUGGUGUGACAUCACAAUGAGGCUGUGCAGCUGUGCAAAGAGGACGGAACAUCAGCCUACGCACAUCAACACACAGCUCACAACUCCGACAGCGACACUAGAGGGAACUGAUCCAUGCGGAGAAUGAAGCAGAAGCGCGCUUGGCUGCGCAAACCUGGCCUUGUGGAUGCACUUAGAUGUGUGCAAUGAGUGCUGUGGCUGACAUGCCUCAGUGUUUUGGAUUGCUGUGCUCUGGACUCAGUAGGACAAGAGACUCCCAGCACAGAACGUCAUGAGCGUAGUCAUCCCAGUAGGGGUGGACACGGCCAACACCUCAUACCUGGACAUGGCUGCAGGCUCAGAAUGGGGUUGUGUGGAGUCUGUGUCUGUGGUAGUUGAGAAGUCCAGCUACCCUCACCAGAUUUACAGCAGCAGCUCCCACCACUCCCACGGCUACAUCGGUCUGCCUUACGCCGACCACAAUUAUGGGGCUCGACCCCCACCCACCCCGCCGGCGUCCCCGCCUCCCUCGGUACUGAUCCGGCCGGGCGAGGGUUUGUUUGUGUCCGGGGGGCGGCCAGGCGAGAACUUGUUCGUGCCGGGCGGGCAGGACGAGGCGUCGCGUGGCACCACGCUCAGCACCUCGGAAGACGGCAGCUACGGUGCUGACAUCACACGCUGCAUUUGCGGCUUCACCCAUGAUGAUGGCUACAUGAUCUGCUGCGACAAGUGCAGUGUGUGGCAGCACAUAGACUGCAUGGGGAUCGACCGGCAGCACAUUCCCGAGACCUACCUGUGUGAACGCUGUCAGCCACGCACCCUGGACCGAGAGCACGCCAUCCUGCUGCAAACCAGGAAGAGAGAGAACAUGUCUGACGGGGACACCAGUGCUACAGAAAGCGGGGAUGAGGUUCCACUAGAGUUGUACACUGCGUUUCAGCACACCCCCACCAGCAUCACACUCACAACAGCACGUCUCGGGAACAAACCGACUGAUAAGAAACGAAAGAAGAGUGGAGAAAAGGAGCCCCCGGCUACAGCCAGGGCCAAGAAGUCAUUCCGUGAAGGCUCUAGAAAGUCAUCUAGAGUAAAGGGCUCAGCUCCCGAGUGUGAGCCGACAGAUCCUCCCUCUCUUUGGGAGAAUAAGAUGAAGUCGUGGAUGGAGCGCUAUGAGGAAGCCAGCAGUAACCAGUACAGUGAAGAAGUACGGAUACUGCUAAGAGUAAAAGAAGCCAGAGAUGGCAAAACGCUGGCCUACAAUACACACACAGCAGCCUUCAAACCACCCGUAGAGAGUCACGUACAGAAGAACAAGCGCAUUCUUAAAGCCGUUCGGGACUUGGCUGCCGAUUCACUCAUAAUCGAGUACAGGGGGAAGGUCAUGUUACGACAGCAAUUUGAAGCCAAUGGUUACUUCUUUAAGAGGCCGUACCCUUUUGUAUUGUUCUACUCUAAGUUUGACGGUUUGGAAAUGUGUGUGGAUGCACGGAGCUUCGGAAACGAGGCUCGAUUCAUUCGUCGCUCCUGCACUCCCAACGCUGAGGUGCGGCACGUUAUCGAGGACGGCAUGCUGCAUUUAUACAUUUACUCUCUGAGGUCCAUCUCCAAGGGGAGUGAGAUCACCAUUGGCUUUGAUUAUGACUACGGCAGCUGUAAAUAUAAGGUGGACUGUGCGUGUGUGAAGGGCAAUCAGGAAUGCCCUGUGCUCAAGCAUAACUUGGAGCCCACAGAGAAUCUGGGCUCUAGCACACGACGGCGCGGCCGCAAGGACAAAGAACCGUCGCGGGACGAGAGCGGACAGAACCAGAACCUCACGAUUGACUGCGACAAGGGCAAAUCGCUCAAUGAUGCCAAACAGAGAAAACUCUCUCCUCUCCGGCUCUCCAUAUCUAACAAUCAGGAUCCUGAGUUAAUAGAGGAUCUAGAAGAGAAAACCUCCGUUAGCAAUGAAGUAGAGAUGGAGUCAGAGGAGCAGAUUGCAGAAAGGAGGAGGAAGAUGGGCAGCCCGGCAGAGGAGUCCCAUCGUCACGGCGCAGGGGCUUCCUGCUGCAGAGCUCUGAGAAACAAGGAGACACGUGAAGAGAGGAAGAUGGAGGCAAUUCUGCAGGCAUUUGCUCGUAUGGAGAAAAGAGAAAAGCGGAGGGAGCAAGCGUUAGAAAGGAUCGGCACCAAAGGGGAAGUUGGUGGACGCAGCGAGAUUAAGGAAGAGCCUCCUACUACACCAGAGGCUGAAUCUCCUGCCACUAUACAGCCCAUGCUAGAGGUAGUGAAGGAUGAGCCUUGUCUGAAGCCAGCAAAGGUGAGCCGUAACAAACAGAGAAAAAGCUUCUCGCGGAACCGCACACACAUCGGACAGCAGAGGCGGCGAGCGCGAACAGUCAGCGCUUGCUUCGACUUGCCACCCAGUUCCCCUGGUGACACUUUAGAGCCCUUAACAACAGAGACUCAUGAUGGAGAGACGCCUUCGGCCCCUGAGGCUGACCCUCCGCCGAUACAUGCCCCUGACACCAGCCCACCCCACAGCAGCUCUCCCGCCCCAACUUGCCGCAGUGGACAGAAGUACCCCAAAACUAAAAAGCACUUAGUGAGUGAGUGGAUCGGUGUUGACAAACAGGAACGGAGUGCUUCGCGGACACCGGAGCCUCCCCCUGAGAGGCCUUUGCGGAUCAGUAGUGAUCCUGAGGUCUUGGCCACACAGUUGAACUCUCUACCGGGCAUGGCCUGCAGUUCACACGUCUACAGCACACCCAAACACUACAUCCGCUUCUCAUCUCCUUUUCUGGCCAACCGCAGCCCCAGCACUCUGGGAGUGCCCACGGGGCGGCGGCGCUCGAGAGAAAUGCCUGAAACACCACCUACCACUGGGUCGUGCAAGAAGCGCUGGCUGAAGCAAGCUUUAGAAGAGGAGGGCUCCACCAGCCCAGGUGGAGGGCGCCCUUCUCUGCUGAUGCCUAGUGAGAGCCCUCUCAGCCCCUCUAUAAACGGCGAGUCCUACAGCCCUCUACCCCUCAACGGCAGUUGCUCACUACCAGAGUUGCCUACCCCGUUGAAGAAAAGGCGCUUAUGUUCACUCGAUCCCUGUAUGUCCGAGACUUCCACCCCAUACGGGUCCCCUUGUGCCACCCCAACCCGAACGGAGUCAACAGAAGCACCAGGCACGCCCCUGCUGCUUGACACGCCUCCUCGGCCACGGCCAGAGGAGCCCAGUACUGAGCCCUCAACACCCUUGCAGAUUCCCAACAACCCUCUGCCACAAGAGAGUGAGUCAUCUAUGGACAGCUCUCCAGAUGGCAGCCGGAGGCCCAGUACACAAGACGUUGAGCGACCUCCUUCGCUGUUGGCAUCUCCCAGCGUGAGAAAUGCAGGCUCUGAUACGGCUCCACAGGAAUCUACAAAAUCUAUGGGGUCUCUGAGUCCUCAGUCCUCCCAUGCUGAGCCCCAGGAUGCCGCAGUAGAUGAAGGCAUGGAGGUUGACGGUGGUGGUUCAGAAGCUGCCUCAGCACCUGAGACACCAGCCUCCUCUUACCCUCCCUGGAUGAAGAGUCCAGACCGAGGUGGCAUCUCGUUUUCCCCAGUGAACUCUAAUCUGAGAGACCUCACCCCUUCUCACACCUUGGAGAUGGGGGCGUACAGGCCGGAUUCAACCUCCGCUGGCCCUUUCAGUGAGGCGGCGCCCUUUUAUUCCUGCAAUGAGGAGAGCAGCAACGUGACCUUUACUCGCUCAUUGAGUGGGGAUGGCACAGGGGAGGGAGGUGCUGCAAAGAACCCGCAGAAGAAAAAGGUGUCUCUUCUGGAGUACAGGAAACGUCAGCGUGAGGCACGGCGAAGUGGUUCCAAGGGAGAGUGUGGCUCCCCUGUUUCCACAGCACCACCAGUAGAUGUUUUCCCUGUCGCAGUGGAAGUGGCCCCUGAGCCACCUGUUAUCACAGCAGCGCCAACCCCCAGGACACCUCAGCACAGCGAGGAGUCAGAUGCCCCACCUCAGGGGGAGAGAGACGGAGAAGGGCAGUGGACAUCUUCAACAUCAGUAGAGCAGGCUAGGGAGCGGGGCUACCACAGGGCCUUGUUGUUGAGUGACCAUCGCAAGGAUGCAGACAGCGGAGAGUCAGAGGGUGGCGACUCCCAGGUGAAGGAAUGUCCUUCUCCCAAGAGCUGCAAGAGCCCCUUGACACAUGCACCUUGUUCUCCAGCACCCCAGACUGCGUCUCGACCAUCCAAAGAGGAAGAUGGUGAAGCACAGCCUCGUGGUCCUUCUCAGCCUCAGGCACUGUCCGUCCAGCAGCCCAGCACCAAGACUUCGAGCUCCAAACCAGCCGCACUGACGCCCAGCAAGCUCCAUUGCGGGCCCUCCGGUGCCUCACAGAGUCACUACGCUGGACCUUCGCUCAUGCACUCUCCCAAAGCGCAACCCCAAGGUUCACCUUACCGCGGCCAGCGAGCCUUCCUGACAGCUCAGCCUCAGAACCAGCCUCAACCCCAGGCUACGUCUGGCCCGGCCACUUUCCCUCAGUAUAACCCCCAAAAUGCCCCACCGCCACCACCCCCUCCACCCCCAGCUCCACCCACUUCAGCUUCCUACUUCCCCGCUCAGCCUACCACUGCUCCUGCACCGUUUCCUGCGUUCAAACCUACCGUGGCGGCACCCUUUCCUCUCGGUUCACAACCUCUCCUACAGACCCAUCAUGCAUUGCAUUACCAAAGCAGUGCCGCCCCUCCCCCGCCUCCCCCUCCUCCACCUCCCCACCCACAACCUGGUCCCGCCUUGGUGCAUGUCAAUCUGCAACCUCCUUCGAUGCAGCAGCAUCAACUUCUGCUGAGCUCUGCCCCGCCCCCACCUCCUCCUCCACCUCCUCAGGGACAGAGUUCCCAGCAGCCUCCGCCCAAUAGCGGCACUCUCCUGUCAAUCAAACAAGGACCACACCCACCCCUUCCGCCCCCUCCCCCGGCUCCCUCCAGUACCGCACCGCACCCGUUCCAGAACAUCGGUGGCUUUCAAACCACUCUACUUCACCAGUCUGCACCAGCCAACCCCUCAGUAACCCCUUCCACUUAUCAACAAACUGUAUUACCCCCUCCUCCACCACCACCUCCCCAACAAACUCCUCCCACACAGACCCCGCCCAAUCCGAGCGUCUCGCAGAUCGCCGGUGGUAACCGAGGACCUACCCCUUCUUCCACCCCCUUUCACAGCACCGGCUACUUGGGCACAGGAUGGCACUGACCACACCCACUUACCCGCCCCCCAGACAAACUCGCUCAGAGAGGGGCGGAGCUACAUCGUGUAACAUAGGCAACACAGCACCACUGUAAAUAUUUUCUAUGUACCUUUUCACAAAGGCUAAUGGAAACCGGUGGGGGGGAAAAGGGUACAUUUUAAAAAGAAAUCCGAGAACUGUAAAAGUAGACUUUGUGUAAAAGAUGAUGGUUAAUGAACCCUGGUGCUCAUCAUUUACCCAGAAUCCCCCGCACCUCUCACCUUCCCAUAAUCUUGUACUGCCAUCCUGUCUUUUCCAGACGUCUUUUUUUAUUUUUAAUGUUUUUAUUCAUUUUAAUCGCCCUUUCCGGUCUCUUCCCGUUGAAUCCU